AUGGCAACCAAGGAUCGGUUAGCAAAAUUUGAAAUUAUUCAGGAUACUAGAUGUUGCUUUUGCAGGGAGGAUGAAUCACUCAACCACAUCAUGUUCCAAUGUCAACCUUUAAAUACAAUUUGGCAAUUUGUGCUCAAUCGGUUACAGAUUGAUCACAAUCUGCUAAUAUGGAGAGAGGAAUUAGACUGGAUCCUGAAAGAGCGCAAUGGUAAGGGAUGUAGAGCAAUGGUUUUGAAAUGCUACUUUGCUGAAACAAUUUAUGAGAUUUGGAAUUACCGUAAUGUUGUUUGCUUCAAGAAGGAGAAAACUCAUGGAGACAUUGGAGCAAAAAUUGUUGAUACCAUUAUCCAGCGAUGUUGGAUGAAACCGAAUCUUAGGAAACAAAUAGGAACUCUUAUGAUGCCUUAG